CGCAGCGCGUGCUGGCGGUCUCUCAGUCGGCGCUGGUGUAGGGUGGAGUGCGGACGUGUCUGUGAGGAGCUGCGUGUCCCGGACUCCCAGUCAUCGUCCCAGCGGCGGCGGGGGGACUGUCCGCCCGUAUCCCAGCCAGGGGGGAGGCACCGGCCGCGCAUACCGCUCUCUCUUCGUGUGUGUCACAGCGGGCGGCGGGGCUGCUUUGUCUGCUGCUCAUCCCCCGGACACAACAAAGGCUCCGUGUGUGUAAUUUGCUGUCUUUGGAAAACCCACUUAGCAGAGUUUCUACAAUCCGCAUUUCUCAUCUUUCCCAUCUUCUGCUCAAAACCACCUCCUAGGGUGCCGUCCAUCUCUAUACCCCCCGGGCCUGAGAAAAUGUGCAGCUCCACUGGUCGUAUCUGGUUUCUGACAGACAGGAGGAUAAAAGAUGACUACCCCCAGCAGGAGAUUCUGCGCGCGCUCAAAGCCAAAUGUUGCGAGGAAGAGCUGGAGUUCCGCUACUUGCUCAUGGAUGAGGUAGUACUGACCAUUGAGCAAGGGAACCUGGGCCUACGUGUAAAUGGAGAGUUCAUUUCUGCGUAUCCCCAGGUUGUUGUAGUCCGUGUGCCUACUCCCUGGGUGCAGAGUGACAGUGACAUCACCGUCCUUAGACAUCUGGAGAAGAUGGGUUGUCGACUAAUGAACCGGCCACAGGCUAUCCUCAACUGUGUGAACAAGUUCUGGACCUUUCAGGAGCUGGCUGGCCAUGGCGUUCCGCUCCCAGAUACUUUCUCUUAUGGUGGCCAUGAAAACUUUGCAAAAAUGAUUGACGAGGCCGAAGUCCUGGAGUUUCCCAUGGUUGUGAAGAACACCCGGGGACAUAGAGGUAAGGCUGUGUUUUUAGCCCGGGAUAAACACCACCUGGCGGAUCUGAGUCACCUCAUCCGGCACGAAGCCCCGUACCUGUUCCAGAAAUACGUCCAGGAGUCUCACGGGAGGGACGUGAGAGUGAUUGUCGUUGGUGGCCGGGUAAUUGGCACGAUGCUCCGAUGCUCUACCGAUGGCAGGAUGCAGAGCAACUGCUCACUAGGAGGUGUCGGAAUGAUGUGCACGCUCAGCGAGCAGGGCAAGCAGCUCGCCAUACAAGUCUCCAACAUCCUGGGAAUGGACGUGUGCGGCAUCGACCUGCUCACCAAAGAAGACGGCUCCUUCUGCGUGUGCGAGGCGAACGCCAACGUGGGCUUCAUCGCUUUCGACAAGGCCUGCAACAUGGACGUUGCCGCAAUGGUGGCCGAUUACGCCAUCUCGCUGCUGCCGAGUCGACUCACCAGACGGAUGUCCCUCCUCUCUGUCGUGUCCAGCGCCAGCGAGACGAGCGAGCCUGAGCUGCCUGGCGUCACUUCCGGCACAGGAAUUGACGUGCCUGCCCCGAUGCUCCACCAUCACGAGGCUGGAGACAGCAUGAGUGCCAGCUCCAGCUCUGUGGACAGUGACCCCGACACUGCCACCGAGAGGGAGCUCCUCACCAAGGGAGCCAUCUUUAACAUGAACCAGCUUCUUGCCAGUGAAAUCAAGCUUUUGGUGGAAUAGAAGAUUGGAAUGGGGA